AUACUGUAUUUAGGGUCGCGAGAUGUCGACAGUUUUAUAAUCGAUAGUUCUCAUCUAAAAAUGAUAAUCCUAUCUGUAGUUCGAAGUUUUGGUUAUUGUAAUGUUUUGGAUCUACGAGGUUCUAUCGCAUCGAUACCACACCUCGGACACUUCAUAUAAUAAUCUCAUUCUUAACGUGUGUCGCCUUACUACGUAAGUUCGAGCGACAUAGACCGUAAAAGUAGUGUAAAAUUAGCCCAAAUGCAAUUCCCGUCGUAAUUUCUACAGCCACUUCAGUGCCGUUAUUCCUUCAACCAAAGUAAGACCCAGAGGGGGUGGUGAGGCAAAUCUAAUUCGGUUCCCGAUACAAAGUGCGCGAGUUACGUUCUUUAUUUUAUGUCGAUAGUUUCGAUACUAUCGAUAGUCGACUACCGAUUGACAACACUCACUAGCCGUAUUGCAGUGCGAUUUUUCGCGACUCGCGUAUUUCGUUUCAGUCAGUCAGUAAAUACUUUGUCAGUGACUAAACGUAUUGUAGUGAUUUUAUUUUAUUUGUCACAUUUUUUCACAAAAACACGAGUUAUUUUACUGUGUAAUAGUAACAGCAUUUGUAUACAUAUAUAUAAAAUAAUGAAAGUACUGGAGUUAUACAGAUAAGACUUGUUUAAACGCCAGCUCCAAAAUGGGACCGCCUAAAAAGUUAAAGAAAUAUGACUCGAAAGGCGGAAGUGAUAGAUCAGGCAAGAAAAAAAAAAUAGAGGAAGAGACAAUAGACCUGGUAGAUGAUGACAACACGGAGAAUGUGGGUGUCCCUGGAGCGGCCAUGCAGGAUGCUGAGAAAAAUGACCAGGUGCCUGAGGAUGAGUUUGGUGCCAAAGAUUACAGGAGUCAGAUGGCAUUGAAACCAGAUAAUACCAGCCGGCCUUUGUGGGUAGCUCCCAAUGGACACAUAUUUUUAGAGGCCUUCUCUCCUGUAUAUAAACACGCUCACGACUUCUUGAUAGCCAUAGCUGAACCUGUCUGCAGACCACAACACAUACACGAGUACAAGUUAACAGCAUAUAGCUUGUACGCGGCGGUGUCGGUGGGGCUACAAACUGGUGACAUAAUUGAGUACCUACAACGACUGAGCAAGUGUGCGGUGCCUGCAGGCAUUAUUGAGUUCAUACAGCUUUGCACAUUGUCUUAUGGAAAGGUGAAGCUUGUACUCAAACAUAACCGAUAUCUAGUAGAAAGCAAGCAUGUGGAAGUUCUUCAAAAGUUACUGAAAGAUCCAGUGAUACAACAGUGCCGAUUGAGGCGUGAUGGCGAUGACGAACUACUGGCCUCAGCUCUACCCAACAAGCCUGUUGCAUCCGCUUCUAAACCUGGUGAAGAGAAACCAGGAACGAGUGCAGGAGUGCCUGAGGAUAUCAGUCAGUUCUACCAACAACUGGAUAAGGAGGACGACGACGACGAAGCCACAGAGAUAGCCGCGAACGCCGCCGUCGCUUUCGAAGUGGACCCUGACAAAAUUGAGGUGAUACAAAAGCGCUGCAUCGAGCUGGAGCACCCGUUACUAGCGGAGUAUGACUUCCGCAACGACACCAUCAACCCGGACAUCAACAUCGACCUCAAGCCCACCGCCGUGCUCCGGCCGUAUCAGGAGAAAAGCCUGCGAAAAAUGUUCGGAAAUGGACGCGCUAGAUCUGGAGUGAUAGUGCUGCCGUGCGGCGCGGGCAAGUCCCUGGUGGGUGUGACGGCGGUGUGCACGGUGCGGAAGCGCGCGCUCGUGCUCUGCAACUCGGGUGUGUCCGUGGAGCAGUGGAAGCAGCAGUUCAAGUGCUGGUCCACCGCAGAUGACAGCAUGAUCUGCAGAUUCACAUCAGAAGCAAAGGACAAGCCGAUGGGUGCAGGCAUUCUCAUCACGACAUAUUCCAUGAUCACACACGGACAACGGCGCUCGUGGGAAGCGGAGCAAACCAUGAAGUGGUUGCAGGCGCAGGAGUGGGGUCUAGUGGUGUUAGACGAGGUGCACACCAUCCCCGCCAAGAUGUUCCGCCGCGUGCUCACCAUCGUGCACUCGCACAGCAAACUCGGUUUGACAGCGACGCUGCUCCGCGAAGACGACAAGAUCGCGGACCUGAACUUCCUGAUCGGGCCGAAGCUAUACGAGGCCAACUGGCUGGAGCUGCAGGCUAACGGGUACAUCGCGCGCGUACAGUGCGCGGAGGUGUGGUGCCCUAUGACGCCCGAGUUCUACCGCGAGUACCUCAUACAGAAGAUAAACAAAAAGAUGUUGCUGUACGUAAUGAACCCAUCGAAGUUCCGAGCUUGCCAGUUCCUGAUCCGCUAUCAUGAGAAGCGCGGUGACAAAACCAUAGUAUUCUCAGACAACGUCUUCGCUCUUCGGCACUAUGCGGUGAAAAUGAACAAGCCUUACAUCUACGGACCCACGUCUCAGAGUGAAAGGAUACAGAUCCUGCAGAACUUCAAGUUCAAUCCGAAAGUGAACACGAUAUUCGUGAGCAAAGUCGCGGACACCAGCUUCGAUCUGCCUGAAGCGAACGUGUUGAUUCAGAUAUCGUCCCACGGUGGCUCGCGACGACAAGAGGCGCAAAGAUUGGGUCGUAUCCUACGAGCGAAGAAGGGAGCCCUGGCCGAAGAAUAUAAUGCCUUCUUCUACACCCUCGUGUCACAAGACACGCUGGAAAUGGCGUACAGUAGGAAGAGACAACGGUUCUUGGUCAACCAGGGUUACAGCUACAAGGUUAUCACAGAACUGAAGGGCAUGGAUCAGGAAGCGGACUUGUUCUAUGGAACUCGCGAGGAGCAAGGCAUGCUUUUACAACAAGUGCUGGCGGCGUCGGAGACGGACUGCGAGGACGAGCGCGAGGGCGGCGCGGGCGCGGGCGGCGCGCGGCGCGCGGCCGGCUCGCUGGCGUCGCUGGCCGGCGCCGACGACGCGCUCUACCUGGAGCACCGCCGCAACGCGCAGCACAACAAGCACCCGCUCUUCAAGAAGUUCCGAUACUAAAUAUAUUUAAACAAGAUGAGAAGGGAAUACCUGAGUGGGCGAUUGUGGAACUACAGGGUCUCAUUCAGAUGAAAAAAGAAGGCGCAGCAGGUCCCACUGUCGUUGGUGACCUUCACUACUUCAACCGGAACCGUCACCCCGUCCU